AUGUCUUCUACUACUCAAGACUCCGAUGUGGCAAGCCACCCUACGCUCAAGAUUACGGGCGUUGAACAGCUGAAGCCACCGGGGUCGGAGUCCAACUAUUUGGACUGGAGUUGGAUACUCGACAUCCAUUUCACUGCGACUGAUGUGGACUACGUCAUCCACGACAAGCCCGAGGACGCGAAAGCAAAACCCAAUUGGGCUCGCGAUAACAAGGCGGUGUGCGGUGUCAUUUCUCGAACAAUCCACCCGACGAACAUCAGGAACGUUCGUCAUCUUAAAAACGACGCACGCGGACUUUGGGAUGCUCUCAAGCGGGCGCAUCAGGAUUCUUCAGCGGGAGGGGUCACUUACUGGCUCCGAAAACUUACAUCGUCUCGUAUGGUCAACGACGAUCUCUCCGCGCACCUAGAGGACAUGGCUAAGACGUUCGAGCGUCUUAGUUCUUUGGUGACGUCCGAAGCUCCACUGACCCCAAACGACAUAUAUUCCUCUUCAAUCCUCACCUCGCUUCCCACCGACUGGUUGGCUUGCGUCUCGUCAAUGAUGAAUGAGCCUCGUGUAGACCCCGAUCGUGUCAUCGACGCCCUUAAGGCGGAGGAGCUUCGUCGCAAGACCCGCUCGUCCGACCAACCCAUUGUCGAAUCUGUUUCUCAGGCGUCUAAUAAAAAAUCAUCUAAAUCCAAGUCGGCCAAGCAAGACCAGCCGACUCGUCAUUGCACCUUCUGCAAUCUUGACGGCCAUGAUCUAAACCGUUGUUUUAAUGUGGCCCGCCUCAUCGAAAACCACAAAUUGAACCAGGCCCCGCCAAAGAACAAGAAGGUGUCGAGGUCUGAGCUCCGUAGCUCUAGACCACCUGGUACCCAAGAUCAAAACACCUAUGACAUCAUCCUGGCCUGAACUCUGAAAUCGGUCAAAGCUUCUGCAAUGACAUCAUUGCGCUUGAA